CUUCUCCUGGCAGGUGGUACCCAGGCAGAAUUCUGCGUUCAGUCUCGCUCUCGCUCGGUUCCCGGCCGUGAGGCACUCGCCGCUGCUCGCUAGCUCCUCCGCUCCAGCCCGGGGUCUCCCAGAGCUACCCUGUGCGCUGCUCCACGCAUGGGGGUGGCUGGCCCCAGCUUGCGCCUCCCGUGCGGGUCUUUGGGGGUGCGCGUCUAUUAGAGUUGUGGUGGUUGCAAAGGAGGAAGAAAAAAAAAAGGCAGAGGAAGGGCCAACAGAGCGAGGGAAAGAAGAGGAGAAGGAAGCAGAAAAAGGCAACUUCAGACGGAAAGUUGGUGCGAACUGGCGCAGUCUGCAAAAACCGAAAAGUCGAUCGCAGGCGGCGGCAUAAAAGUGUGAGCGGCCCGAGUGAGCGCUAGAGGUGGCUGCUGGCUUUGCCCUCCUGGUGGUGGGUGGCCACCGGGAGCCACAGGUGCGAAGGGGCUCCUGGGCUCCCAGGAGGCGAGAGGGUGCCCUGCGCACCCCUCCCCCAGCCUCCACCCCCAGCUUGGGACUUCAGAUCAAGUCACUUGGCAUUCGAGCUCCCUCCCCAGCCGCAGCCUCAGAGGGGGGAGCAGGAGCAGCUGAGGAGCGGCCAGCGCGCACCCGCCCAGGGGAGUUGGGGUUCGCAGGGGGUUGUUUUCGGCUCUGAAGAGGUCCCCGCCCAACCUUCAAAAUUUUGUCCAAAAGCAGACAAGAGGAUCGCCCCGCGCUGAGCCGGCUGGUGGGCAGCAGGAGGCGCCUGAUCGCCGCCGGGGCGCUGGGGGUGGUGAUGGUGCUGCUCUUGGUCAUCCUCAUCCCGGUGCUGGUGAGCUCUGCCGGCACGUCGGCGCACUAUGAGAUGCUGGGCACCUGCCGCAUGGUCUGCGACCCCUACGGGGGCACCAAGGCGCCCAGCACCGCCGCCACUCCGGACCGCGGCCUCAUGCAGUCCCUGCCCACCUUCAUCCAGGGCCCCAAAGGCGAGGCCGGCAGGCCCGGGAAGGCGGGCCCACGUGGGCCCCCCGGUGAGCCCGGGCCACCGGGCCCCGUGGGUCCCCCGGGCGAGAAGGGCGAGCCCGGCCGCCAAGGCCUGCCGGGCCCGCCCGGGGCGCCCGGCCUGAACGCAGCCGGGGCCAUCAGCGCUGCCACCUACAGCACGGUGCCUAAGAUCGCCUUCUACGCCGGCCUCAAGCGGCAGCACGAAGGCUAUGAGGUGCUCAAGUUCGACGACGUGGUCACCAACCUCGGUAACCACUACGAUCCCACCACGGGCAAGUUCACCUGCUCUAUCCCGGGCAUCUACUUCUUCACCUACCACGUCCUGAUGCGAGGAGGGGAUGGCACCAGCAUGUGGGCUGAUCUCUGCAAAAACAACCAGGUGCGUGCCAGUGCGAUUGCCCAGGACGCUGAUCAGAAUUACGACUACGCCAGCAACAGCGUGGUCCUCCAUUUGGAGCCAGGAGAUGAAGUCUACAUCAAAUUAGAUGGCGGGAAAGCCCACGGAGGAAACAACAACAAAUACAGCACAUUUUCUGGAUUUAUUAUUUACGCUGACUGAUAGUGCAGACACUAAGCUUAGGAUUCUGAGUUUGGACACUGGAUUCGUGUGGCUAACGUCAGUGCAUCAAGGAUCCCAGGGGAAUGCCAGUUGUGGGGCACCUCAGUUGUGUAUAUGUGGGGCAUUCCAAGGCUACCUGACUCACAUCUGUAUACUCAGAAACACUAUGUAACAAAACAAAAAAUAUUAAAAGCAAGAUAAACAGAUGUGUGAUCCACUACCGCCAAAGCAAAUACUCCUUAUUGUAAGUGUCCAUGUGAAUGAAAUCCUAUAUAGAUCACAAAUUUUUAUAGAAAAAUCUAAGACACUGAAUUAUUUCUUCAAUAUAUACGAUCCUUUGGUGUACCGUGAUCCUGCUGCUCUACCCAUGUCAGCUUUGGUUCUUGUGAGUGUACCUACUUAUUAUACUUGGAGUCCGACAUCCAUAGUGUGUGGGAGAGGAAUGAUUUUACCCUGCAGAAGGUCUAACUGAAAUGAUGCUGCUUGUCCCCAAAGAAAUGGUUUGCCUUGUACUCUUGUUAACUUUAGAGCUAGACCUGGGAAGGAUUCAACUUCAAGCCUUAACCUGGAAUUUUCUGGAUGUGAGGGAAUUCCCAAGCCUGUGCUCAUUUUCCCGUUUUCUUUUUCUUAGGAACUUUCUUUUCUCUCUUUUCUGGUGAUAAUCUUUAACAACGGAGGUUGAAAUUGUAUCAUAGGAUUACCCUAUAUAAGUGUGAGAACGUGUAAUUAUGUACGGUAUUUAGAAAAUCCCCUAUGUGUCCAUUUUGUCCAUAGAAUGCAUUUAGAUCUACUUGGGAAGUCAGAGAAAUUUAUUCUGUAGUGUUAAAUCAGGCUGAAGCUUUUGCCUUCUUUGGAACAGAAGAUUAUUCAUAACCCAAUGCACAGAGGUUUAAUUUGAGCUACUGCAUGAAUCACCAAGAGGACACUAAGUUAGGCCUUCAAAUAGUUACUUACUGUACGCUGUGGCCUAAGGUUAUUCCAAAACAAACAAUUUCACAUACAACCAGUAUGACAACAAAGUGUAUAUAUUUUAUACAAAUACUUGCUAAAUGUAUGUGUGUGUGCAUAUAUAUGUACACACAUACACACACAUAUACACAUAUAUAUGUUAGAUGAAAUAUAAUAUAUAUAUGGCUUCAGCCCAUAGGCACAGUGGCUGGUGCAGCCUCAAAAAUUUAAUUUAAAUAAAAAUGUACGUGUACACACACAUACCAACACACACGAAUUAUUUGAUUUUGGAUUGAAAUAUAUUUUGGAUGACAAAAAAUAUAGAGGAUAGCAAAAUUAUUUAAAUGACUUCUCUUUUAAGAGUUAUCCAGAAAAUUAAAUUUUAUUAGGUUAAAAUGCUCUAUACAUCACAUGUCUAUAAAUUAAGCCUAUGGCUUCUCUAUUACCCUCUGCCAAUCAAUACUUUUCACUGCAUUCUGUGGCCGAUGGUUAAUAUUAGAACUGCUGCAACGAAGUGGCUCUUCUUUCCAAUGUUUAUGAAUUGUAUGCAUUUGAGUUUUCAAUUUUUCCUUUUUUUUUUCUCAGGUGGAUUGAAGCUGACAGUAAAGUAGAUUUUGAGAGUAGUACUGCAAAUCUGUUCUCUCUGGUUAAAAUAUACUGCCAAAAGUCAUCUCUUUAAAUCUAAGAAAAAAAUUAAAAAUGCAUCUUGAUAGAUCCUAACUAUCCGACAACUUCCACUAUUACAAUGAAAAAUCUGUUCCCCUCUCCGCUGCCUUUGAAGACUCUUUGACAAGUAGAUUUCAAAAACAGAGAUUUAAAAAUCUGCUUGUUUUAGUGGUGAAGGAUAUUUGCAUUUUUUCAUUUAAAAGAAUUAGUCUGUUCUCCUGGCUCAUUUCUCUUGGGUUCUUUCUGUUCUGAUACACAGGAAGCUUGAUCAUCUUUGAGCCUCAGAAAUAUUUUUUAUUUAGCAAACCUCACCUUUCCAAAAGAGUUAUGCAUGGUGUUCCCAACUGAAGGUCCUGUUUGCUUGGUUUAAAUGCCUUUGUCUGAGUAACUGUCAUGAUUCAUAUGGUCAAAAACACUUAGCCCAUUCACCAAGAAUAAUGACUAAUUCUGUUUGGCCUUUCUAAUAUGUAAGAUAACUCAUAAAGGACUUGCAAUGGACUUUUUUUCUAUUCAACAGUAUAUACUUAUUAAAGAAGAAUUGAUAACAAGGGUUUGGAGAUUUUUUUUUUUUUUUUGAACAGCAGAGUGAAGAUUCAGGCAAAAGAUUAAUUUAUAAACAGCAGUGCACAUCAAUGGAGAGUUUUAACUAAGAGUUUGUAAAAAGGCUUUAUUUACACAAAACAUCAGGGCUGUAUACCUUUUAAAGAGUAGGCCCUAGAAUCAGACUGUCAUUUCUAAUACAUACGACCUUUUCUUCAGAUAAAUAAGCAUUAUUUUCUCUGUUUAGGCCCAAAGAAAAACAAAUAAAAGGUAAAGGAAAUAAAGAGAAUAUA